AAAGCGUUCAACUCUUUGAGUUUCUUUUGAGUCCGUUGCUUUUCAGAGUCUUGUGCAAGUGCAAAUUCUAUUGAUUUUUCUUUGUGCGAAGCAAAACUCGCUAAUGUUUUUGUAGUGCACUUAGAUCUUGAAUCCCGCCUUUUCAGUUUUUACCUCCAGUGCUCUUAGUUCUUUUGUUAUUCCAUUAUCCCACAUAAGGUCAAAAGAUUGGUUUAGCAACGUUCCAUUAGUCAUUUUGGCCAGACCAAAAACGAAAAGCCAAAAAAAAAGUGAAAACUAAAAAGAGAUCUACUGAUAUCCGUUGACAUUACACCCUCGCCUAAAAUCAAUUGUGGUGUUAGGACAACAAAGUUCUAAGAACUGCCGUCAUCUACAUUGGAAUUCAGCUACAUUCCUGUACAGACUGUUCGAAAACAUAAAACAAUAAAAAACAUGUAUAAAGUGUUCAUUGCAUCUUGUCUUGUGCUAGCCGUCCACAGUGCCAUGGGGCAGCAUCAGGAUUACACAACACCAGUACCGAUUUUGAAGCAAAUCAAUAAACAUAACUCCGAUGGCUCCUAUACAUACGGAUAUGAGGCGGCGGACAAAAGUUUUAAAAUCGAAACGAAGUAUCCAAAUGGAGAAGUCUAUGGCAAAUAUGGAUACGUAGAUGACCAGGGUCAGGUGCGUGAAAUUGAAUAUGGAGCAAGUAGACGUGGAUUUGAACCGGCAGGCAGUGACAUAAAUGUCCCCCCACCCACGUUAACUGCUAGCAAAUCCACCCCAUUGGGCCCUAAUGAGAUUGACGAUGGCCAAUACCGCGAAGAUCCAGCCGAAUACUACAAGGAUCAGAAAUUCAAUCGUCCAGUGGCAGCCAGCAAAUUUAGCCUUAAUCAACCGUCUUACCAACAACCAAGACCACAGCCUGCAUACAAUCCAGCUCCAGCUCCAUACAACCCUGCGCCAGCUCCCUACAGACCACCAGCACCAGCACCAGCUCCCUACAGACCAUCAGCACCACAAUACUAUAAUCCACCACAACAGCCUCAACCACAACAACAUUACCAGCCCUCGUAUUAUCAACCUCCAGCACCUCAGCCUCAAUAUAAUCCUUACAAUCCCAAUAGUCAACCCAGUCACUUUCAUCCUGCUGUCAAGAGCCUAGACAUUUGGAGCGGUUCAUAUAGUUUGGACUAUACGGGACGAAAAUAGAGCUUUCGGAGUAGGGCUACAAUGCUUGAUGUCGUUUAUGGGUGAAGAAGUGUCAGUGAGAUAACAUGGUGAUUUUCGUGUUUAGAUAGAAACAGCGAGAGGAGUCUCCGAAAUUCUGUUAUUUUUUAAGACUAACGAACGAAUGAUUAGUUUUAAUAUUAUUUUAAAAUUUUAUGCUUAAGUAAUAAACUAUGGAAACAAGUGCAAGGUGCUGAUGUAAACCAAA